AACAACAACUACACUGACGUCCCUUUUGUAAAGGUCGCUCUUUCCUGCCCUACUUCCAGAACAUCAUUCUUUUCAGAUAUUCUUUGUCAAGCCGCCAAAGUGGAGAGUGUCGUUGCACCAGGGGGUCCUUCUCGUUUCAGUGUGGGGGGAGGAGGUGGGGGUGCACCUCAGCACUAUCCCAAGACUGUCGGCAACAGCGAGUUCCUGGGGAAACCCCCAGGUUCUGGCGUUCAGAGAUGGGUACCCUCUCGAAGCACUAGACGAGAUGCCAACUCCUAUAACGAGAAAGGGCAAAAUGAUGCAAUCUUCAGAAAAGUGAGAGGCAUACUUAAUAAGCUGACUCCUGAGAAGUUUGACAAACUAUGCCUGGAGCUCCUCAAUGUGGGUGUAGAUUCAAAACUUGUCUUGAAAGGAAUCAUCUUGUUGAUUGUAGACAAAGCCCUUGAGGAGCCCAAGUAUAGCCAGUUAUACGCUCAACUAUGUCUACGCUUGGCAGAGGAUGCACCAAACUUUGAAGACCCGUCAACAGAAAAUCAAGGAACACAAAAGCAGAAUAGUACCUUCAGAAGGCUUCUGAUAUCCAAGCUUCAAGAUGAGUUUGAGAACCGCACCAGAAAUGUUGAAAUCUUUGAGAAACAUGAGGGCCCACUCACCUCUGAGGAGGAGGAGCAGCGUGCCAUUGCGAAGAUCAAAAUGCUGGGCAACAUCAAAUUCAUUGGGGAACUUGGCAAACUCAACCUUAUCCACGAAUCUAUCCUUCACAAGUGCAUCAAAACACUUUUGGAUAAGAAGAAGAAAGUCCAACUUAAGGAUAUGGGUGAAGAUUUGGAAUGCCUCUGUCAGAUAAUGAGAACGGUGGGACCUAAACUUGAUCAUGAAAAGGCUAAGUCUUUGAUGGAUCAGUACUUUGGCCGCAUGCGAUCCUUAACGACAAACAAGGAGCUGCCAGCUAGGAUUCGUUUCCUGCUGCAGAAUACGGUUGAGCUGCGAGACAACAACUGGUCGCCUCGCAAAGCUCAUGUUGACAACGGACCAAAGACGAUCAGCCAAGUUCGCCAGGACGCAGUAAAGGAUUUAGGUGUUUUUAUUCCACCUCCAUCUGAUGCAAUGAGGAAUGACUUCUUCAUGGAAAACUCCUCCUUCCUGCCAACAAGGAUCAAGUUUGACAGGGAAACUCUUGGUGGGCUGGCUGAUAUGUUUGGACAAAUGCCUGGAAGUGGCAUAGGCACAGGUCCAGGAGUCAUUCAGGACCAUUAUUCCCCUACCAUGGGACGUCAUCGCACAAACCCGCACUACAAUGGCCAUAUUGUAAACGGCAACAGUUCACACCAGCCUCAGUUUGAAGCAGGAACAAAACCAUUCAUAAAACCAAACCAGGGGCAGAAUUCACCAGUUUUCAGCCACAAACAGAAUCACUUGGUGCAGAUGCAGUCAAAGGAUAUGGCUCCACGUUUCAGCAAGAAAGGGAAGGUCAAUGCUGAUGAGAUCAGCCUGAGGCCAGCACAGUCCUUCAUCUUGAACAAAAAACAAGCGCCGAAGCUGCAGCCACCGAUGACUAUGAUUCCUGGCCAAGGUUCAUCACUUGGACAGUCUCCACAGCUUGGCCUGAAAAUCAAUCCUCCUCCAAUUCAGGAAAAACCAGCGAAGUCCACAAAAAAAGCUCCUCCUACCAAAGAAGAGUUGUGCAAAAUGACAGAGACGCUGGUGGCAGAUUACCUGAACAACAAGAACAUGGAUGAGGCAGUGAAUGCAGCAAGAGAGAUGAAGGCUCCAAAGCACUUCCUGUCCGAGAUGCUGAACAAGAUCGUGGUCUUUUCUCUUGAUCGUUCAGAUGAGGAUAAGGAGCACGCAAGCAGCCUCAUCCAUACACUCUGCACCGAAGGCAUUGUAACAGGCGACAACCUAAUGCAGGCCUUUUUGAUUGUUCUGGACCAGAGUCACAAGAUCGGGGAAGAAGUCCCACUGGUGAAGUCCUACCUGGCACAGUUUGCAGCACGCGCCAUCAUUGCUGACCUGCUCAGCAUUGCAGAUUUGGCCCAUCAGCUGGAGAAUGGUGCACAUUUCCCACUGUUCUUGCUCUGCCUGCAGCAGAUGGUCAAACUGAAGGACCGUGAUUGGCUGGCUGACCUGUUCCAACAGAGCAAGGUCAACAUGCAGAAGAUGCUACCUGAAAUUGACCAGAAUAAGGACCGGAUGCUGGAGAUUCUGGAGGGCAAAGGUCUCAGCUUUUUGUUCCCACUUAUGAAACUGGAAAAGGAGCUGCUGAAACAGAUCAAAGUAGAUCCUUCUCCACAGUCCAUCUACAAGUGGAUCAAAGACAACAUCUCACCUAAACUCCACACUGACAAAGGCUUUGUCAACAUCCUCAUGACCAGUUUCCUGCAGUACAUUGCUUAUGAGAUCAACCCUGAUGACGAUGAAGAGCAGCUGGCAGCGCCCAGUAAAGACCAGCUGGAUGAGGAGAAGCAACUUCUGCUGUCUUUCAAGCCAGUGAUGCAGAAGUUCCUUCAUGAUCGCAUUGACCUGCAAGUCAGUGCGAUGUACGCCCUGCAGGUCCACUGCAAUGCCAAGGGUUUCCCCAAAGGCAUGUUGCUGCGCUACUUUGUAAACUUUUAUGACAUGGAAAUCAUUGAAGAAGAAGCCUUCCUUUCAUGGAAAGAAGAUGUAACCCAAGAGUAUCCAGGGAAGGGGAAAGCAUUAUUUCAGGUGAACCAGUGGCUGACCUGGCUGGAGACCGCAGAAGAAGAGGAGUCAGAGGGUGAAGAUUAUUGAGGAACAGGCCAAAGCCAUGUGUUAUCAGGAUGCAAUGAAAGAUUUAAUUUUUUUUUAAGCUUUUCUUCAUUUUUUUUUAUUUUUCCUCAUAAGCCCAUCUCCCUCUCAACCCCUCCUUCCCUCGCCUCUUGUUCAUACUUUCCAACCACUGUUACAAUUCGCUCCACUAUGAACGGUUUUGCCAGAUCAAGCCAGCAUCACCACCCUCUUAUUGUAGUAAUGCCUAAUUUUCAAUCUUAUUUGAUGUCCUACAGCAAAAGUUUUUUACAUUUCUAUCAUCUCGGGUUAUGUUUUCUUUAAUGGCAGUAUUGUGCAGGAAACUGUCCCAGCACCAAAGUCUGACCCAUUUUAUCACCUGUUACAUCUGGUAGGAGUCACCAAGUGCUGCCAUAACUAUUAACUUUAAAAACUGUUUACAAAAGAGAAAAGACUUAUCACCAAGAGACUUUUCUCACCAUUUUAUCUGCAUUUGUUAAUCAGUUUUUAGAUGCACUUUGCUCAACAUCAUGAGUCGUUGCAAUAGUGAGAUACACUUUCCUUGAUUUGUUGAAACAAUCCUUAGUUGCAGUUUUUGGCUGCCAUAAUUAUGGUUUUCUUGUGCUUGAAUGCAGACCAUUUUGUCUGAAGAUUCUUAAUCUGGAUUUACAAUAAUGGCCUGUUUUGUUUGCACAGUGUGAUUUCAGUUAUCCACAUUUAGUUUAAUGAAUCAAGAACUUUUUUUAUGUACAAAAUUUUUAUGCUGUUAGGAAUGAAUCUCUGUGUGGCCUUUUUUUAAUUUAUCAAUUCAUAUGGAUAUACCUCUAACGUAUCUCGGACUAUACUUGAAUGUCUCGGUGUUAAUAUUGAGGCAGCCAAAGCUUAGUUUCCUGUGCUACAGUUGUUCACCACCAUGUGUGGAAAUUUUACGUCGGUUUGCCAUAUUUGUCAAGUUUUUAAAUGGUCUUUAUAUCUUCAUGAAAUUAUAAAGAAUGCACUGUAUGUGUACACGCUAACUUUCUUCUGGAGUGUCACUGUAAUGUUAUGUGCAGGAAGUUGAGUGUACAACUACAGAUCAACCUUGAAUAAAGUUUAACGGUUCAUUUCA